AUGUCACCUUUCCGGAUUGUCAUUGUGGGAGGCGGAAUCGCAGGCCUCGCUGCGGCGAUCGCGCUGCGAGGACCUAAUCGCCAAAUCACCGUAUUGGAGCAAUCGAGAUUGAACAAAGAGAUCGGUGCCUUGAUCUCAUUACAGCCAAAUGCUUCCAGAAUUGUCGAGUCAACAUGGAGCUUGAAGAAAGAAUUGGUGGCGGCGCGAUCAAUGGUCGAUGAAGGGUUCCGCGUCUACAACACUGACGGCGUGCUGGUGAACUCGGUGCCGCUUUCCACAACAGCCGAAUACGGUGCCGAGCGUUUAUGUUUCCACCGUAGAGACUUUCACGAUCAAUUAAAGGAAGCGGCGAUCUCAACUGAGCGCGAGGGCGAACCUGUCACCGUCCGAACCGCAUCCCGAGUCGUCGACUGUGAUCCUGUGACGGGGUCUGUCACACUGGAAGAUGGCGAAGUUGUCACUGCUGACUUUGUAGUCGCUGCCGAUGGAAUUCACAGCGUGAUUCGCAAGCAUGUCUUGCAAGAGGAGCCAUCUCCGUUACCGACAGGUCAUUCCGCGUAUCGUUUGAUGAUCCCCAGCGAGACACUAGAGAAGGAGGAGCCCGACUUUUGUUCCAAGAUCAACCCUCGUGCUCCCUACACUUCCAUGAUGGUAGCGCACAAUUGCCGACUGGUGAUGGGUCCCGGGAGGCAAGGCGAGGUCUUUGGAAUCGUUGCGCUCGUGCCAGACGAGCAAAUGAACGAAGAUCCCUCCGCGAAGCAAUCAUGGGUCGCCGAGGGUAACUUGCAAAAGAUGCUCGAUACAUUCUCCGAAUUCCCUCAAUGGAUGACCAGCACAUUCAAACAUUCCUCCGAUCUUGGACUGUGGCAACUGCGGGACCUGGACCCUCUCAAGACCUGGCAUCGAGGACGUGUCCUCCUGAUUGGCGAUGCUGCUCAUGCCAUGCUUCCCACGCAAGGCCAAGGCGCAAGUCAAGCAAUAGAGGAUGCAGAAGCCCUAGGUGCCUUUUUUGAGGGCAUUACCGAGCCACCAUCAGCCGAGGCUUUGUCCCAAAUCUUGGACGAUAUCUUCCAAACUCGCUACUCCCGUGUCAGCCUGAUUCAAGCCUACAGCCGAGACGCGGCAAAGCCCGCUGCCGAGAAGAAGACGGUGACAUUGCGUCCGGAUCAAUUUAUGAAAUUCAAUUGCAUGUACAAGGGAGCGAAAGCUUGGAGCAACCAGCAGAUACCAGCAUCAGCAUAA